ACGCAACUUGUCUACAUCAUAAUUAUACUUCUAAAUCGGCUUGUUAUCCUCUUUCCAAUUGACUUCUGUAUUUAAUUUCAUAAUUUAGGAAAGACAUAGACAAAAGAGUGGUGAUGAAAGCGAUUUGUAAUUUCUUUGAUUCAACAUCUAUUCACCUCUCUCAGCUUCUCUACAUUGCGAUCCAUUUACAGCUCCUUUCAGCAUUAAUUUCCUACUAUUUUUGGGGCAAUAAUGGAGGAGUGGAGCCAUCUGGAUUCCUUAUGGUCAGUUGAUGAAGUGAUACCAGAAUCUGAGGUGGGCCCAGCUCAGAUAGAUAGUAGAGCUGGUGAGGCCUCAGCCUCAGCCUCAGCCUCAGCAACACAACAAGAAGCAGUAGCCAGGAACAAAUUCAAGACAAGAUCUGCAAGAAAGAAUAGUAGUAAUGUAAUAGAAAUUGCAGAAGAAGAAGGUGUGAAGAAGCUGGACCACAAUGCAAAGGAGAGGAUUCGAAGAAUGAAGCUUAAUGCAUCCUACCUUGCUCUUCAAGCACUGCUUCCUGAUUCCAGAAGAUCAAAGAAGAAGUGGAGUGCACCAGCAAUAGUAGAUAGAGUGGUGGCAUACAUUCCUGAGCUGGAAAAUGAGAUAGAAUCAUUGAGAGGCAAAAAGGAAAACGUGCAGUUACAACGAGCCAAGGAGAAUCAUCCGAGUACUAACCCCACUAUUUCGUUGAACCAAGUUGAUCAACAAGAGGCAGUUUUUCAGUUUUGUUUGGAGAGACAAGAACAAGAAGAAUCACAACUUACCCAUUUGCUGGAAGGUCUUGAAAGUGAGGGUGUGAGCAUCAAGAGCACUUCGGCUCUCGACGUUUCUGACACCAGAAUUUGCUUCCAUUUACACAUCCAGACAAACGAUACUGCUUCAGAAGCGGCCAAUUACUUUGAAGAACUACAGGACAAGCUUAUUUCUUGGUUGAGGUGAUUUUUUUGGCUGUCAAAUUAGAGCUAGCAGCUCCGUAAUUAUACAUACUGUCUGCAUGCUUAUACUUUUUAUUACAAACUAUUCACACACAUUUUUUUGUCACAAAAAGGAAAUUAUUAAGUAUAUACGGAUAAUCAAUUGAAAAUGCUA